UCCUGAAUCAGCAACACAGGAAGGAAGCGGCCGGCUGCACUGCGCUGCCGUGAUGCUGGCGAGCUGAGAGAGGCGGCGUGUGUCCUCACCUCCGGCCGCCCCUUCGCCUGGCAACUUUCUGCAGGGACCAAGGCGAUCCCCGAGCCGGGACAGGAGGGGCCGGGCUCGGUCUCACACAGGUGGACCCGGGCCAAUGGAUCCCGUCCCGCUCAGCGAGGACGAGAUGGCCGAGAUCAAGAAGGAAGCUCUGGAAAAAUUGCGGCCCUACCUGUGCGACAAACUUAUUGCCGAACGGCACUUCGAUUACUUGCGAGCGAAGAAGAUCCUGUCCAAGGAAGACACGGAGGAGAUUUCCUACCAGGUAUCGAGCAGGCGAAAGGCAGGAAAAUUCCUGGACCAUCUAACGGAAAACCCCAAGGGCCUAGACACGCUGAUCAGUUCCAUCCGACGGGAAGGAACGCAGAACUUCCUGGUGCAGAAAAUCACAGAUGAAGUUCAGAAAAUUAAAAAUGAGAAACUGUUCCAGAAAGGAGUCUUUUCGAGUAGCUGUGAGGCAGUAGAAGACACGUCUAAAACAAACAACCUCUCCAGGUUCUCCUCGACAGACUCCAACAGUUCGAAGGGGAUGGAAGCAAAUAUCCUGUUUCACCCGGAGGGAGAGUUCAGCCCUGAGCCGUCAGCCUCGUCCAUUCUCUCUCCUUUGGAUCUCCAGUCCACCUUGUCACUGGAGAAGGCAGCAAUGAUGAGCAACAUGGAGACCAUGGCCACGACAUUAACUCUGCCCAGACCAGGGGAACCCGGAGCUCCCCCUCUUCCUCCCGAACUCCAGACUGAAUCCGCGGGGACCUGUAGCAAUCCCAGUGACUCUGAAUUUUUGCCCCUGAGGUCCCGCUCUCCAUGACCUGUCACUGCCGCAACCAAGGCAGAGAUCUUCCAAAACUCUGCUGUAGAUUUUGUGUUGGAAGUAUACGGAUAUGGAAGGGUGAGAUGGCAUCAUUCUAACUCUUACGGUAUUAUCUAUGUCUUCGUUGUACUCUGGUUCAGAACUGAUUUGUUUUGUGAUGUUGCUUAAUUUCUUUCUUCUACUUUGGGAUCAGUUGUACUGUGGGCCAACGACUGCAGUUAGGGCUGCCUGCACACGUCCUUACUGGGAAGGUCAGCUCGACACUGCUCUGAAGCAAAGUUCCCUGGCUUUUGGGGUUUCAAGAGCAGGAUAUGUGUACAUGGUGUCUCAUCACCACAAGGUCUUUCCCAUGUCUACAAGGCUUCAGGGUGUGAUGGAAUGUUCCCCAGCUCCCUAGAUCAGUGUAGCACCAACAACUAAAGAAACUCAAUACUAUCCAGGACAAAGCAGCCCAGCUGAUUAGCACCGGCCUGAACAUUCACCACCUCCACCAUCGACGCACAGUGUCUGCAGUGAGCACCGUCUACACAACGCACUGCAGUUACUCACCCAGGCUACUCCGACAGCACCUCCCAAACCUGUGACUAACUACCACUGAGAAGGUGGGGGUGAGCCGCCUUCUUGAACUACUGCAGUCCUUCUGGUGAAGGUGCUGUUGGGGAGGGAGUUCCAGGACUUAGACCCAGUGGCGAUGAAGGAACGGCGAUAUACUCCCACGUUGGGACGGUUUGUGACUCGGAGGGGAACCUGCACCUGGUGGCGUUUCUCUGUGAACGAGGUCCUCCCCGCUGGCUGAGCUGAUGGGUUUGAACUCCACCCUUGUGUUUAACAAAUGGGAAUUCCAAAGGCAACAAUCAACCUGCUGGAGGAACUCAGCGGGUCGAGCAGCAUCUGUGGGAGGAGAAGGGAAUUAGUGACAUUUUGGGUCAAAGCCCUGCGUCAGGACUGAGCUUGGGUUGGAGAGGGAAGCGGGAAGUGCCGGGUUGGAGGCUGUGACGUGAUGAGAUCUGUGACAGUGCGGGAGAUGGUCGCCUGGUGUCCGUCCGUGGGGUCAUGGUUCAAGGUUCUGAUGCAGGGUCUCGACCCCAAACAUCAACAUUUCCUCUCCCCCCACAGAUGCUGCCCGACCCACUGAGUUCCUCCAGCAGAUUGCGUCUUGCCCCAGAUUCCAGUGUCUGCAGUUUCUUGUGUGUCUGGAAAUUCCAAAUGGUUGUGGAGAUAUGUCUUUCACUUUACUUAAAACCUUCCUGUGAUCCAACUUACUGCCAUAGCUUUAAGAGAUUUCUCUCCUUUAUAUCCACUGUUGACCUACCCACUUUGAAAAAAUGUACAUGAUGCCUGGCAUGAAGCGACAGUGUAACUUGUCUAGACCUGUCUGAGGUUGGGCCAGGAUUUCAGGGUGAUUCACUGUGAUUAGAUCUCUGCAAGGUUUUCUAAAUCACCUUUCCAGAUCUAGGAUGUGUCCAACACACCACCAUCUGCCUUGAGUCACUCUCCUGCUGAUAAGCUGUGUUCUCCUGGUGGGCUGUGUACACACUCACCCAACACCGAAUUCCCCCACACACACACCUCCAGAACACUUGACACAAACUCUCUCGUCCCCUCACUUGAUCCUCCAUGAAGGGAAGAACACAAGGAAACGGGAGCAGGAGGAGGCCACUCGGCCCUUCAAUCCUGCCCCACCAUUCCAUGUGACCAUGGCUGACCUGCCUCAGGCCUCAUCUCCCCUUUUGUGCCAGUUCCCCAUCGCCCUCUAUUCCCUGAUCUUCCAAACAUUUAUCUCCCUCCUUUUUGAACUCCCCC